AUGCCACUUUCUAAGAGAGCGUUUUUCGUGUUAGCUACCUCCACGAUAUGCAAUACGCUCAAGUUUUACUUGACGUCGAUCGAUCCAGCACGGGGCAUGACCCUCCGUACUUCUCAGUCGGGAGAGAAGGAAGGCACAAAAGCGUUCUGUUCUGGUUCCUCUACCUCCCGCGCUACGUCCUCCACUUCCUUAAAGGAGAGAGCUUAA